UUUGACGCAGGGAAGAGAGCGUCACAGACUUAUCCAAACGAACAUUAAACUUUCACUGGCGAGCGCGAGGAUGAUCUGAGGGAGUGCUUUCCGAAGUUUCAGAUGGUCUGAUUCUGAACGGAGGAUGACAAUGGAGCCAACCGCAGUUGCUUUUUGGCACAAACUGGCUGUUUAAUCUCGUUAUUUAAUUUCCAUCCUGUCCAGCCAUCCCACGGUCUGAGUAAACGGUGGAGAUGGAGCGCGCACUCAGCGCCCCAAGCCCUCCUGUCAAAGUGGUCCAGCACGAACCCAUCAGCUUCGGCAUCGACCAGAUACUUAGGAGCGGUGCUGACUCAGAGAGCCGCCGGACCAGCAGUGGAGACGGUUACCUUUUGGGGAACCCGACCGGAGGGAGCGCAGCGUCCGAUACCGCGCUGUCCAUCUCCCUCUCGGGUAUGGUACCACAGUUAGAGGAUCCUGAUUUGUACGGAGUGAAGCGCAGCCUGGGCAGCAGAGGAGUGAUCCGGGUGCCCGCUCACAGACCGUUGACGGUCGAGGGACCGCCGCAUGUGGGGAGCGCUGUGCCCGGGUAUGGAGGCCUGUGUUUCCCGUUGGUCGGUUAUAGGUUCGCCAAGGACAGGUUAUCAGCUCUCGUGCCAUUCACGGUGACCCGGCGGAUAGGUCAUCCAUACCAGAACCGCACACCACCCAAACGGAAAAAGCCUCGGACAUCCUUCUCCCGUGUGCAGAUUUGUGAGUUGGAGAAGCGCUUCCACCGGCAGAAGUACCUUGCGAGCGCGGAGCGGGCCACCCUCGCCAAGAGCCUGAAGAUGACAGACGCGCAGGUCAAGACCUGGUUCCAGAACCGCAGGACCAAGUGGAGGAGACAGACAGCAGAGGAGCGGGAGGCUGAGCGUCAACAGGCCAAUCGGCUGAUCCUACAGCUGCAGGCCGACGCCCUCCACAAGUCCUUUAACGAAUCUGCAGGUUUCGACCCGCUGUGCUCACAUAACUCCUCCUUGUAUGCCCUGCAGAACCUCCAGCCCUGGGCCGAGGAGAGGGAGUAGGAGGAACCUGCAACCCUGGGCCGAGGAGAGGGAGUAGGAGGAACCUGCAGCCCUGGGACGAGGAGAGGGAGUAGGAGGAACCUGCAACCCUGGGCCGAGGAGAGGGAGUAGGAGGAACCUGCAGCCCUGGGCCGAGGAGAGGGAGUAGGAGGAACCUGCAACCCUGGGCCGAGGAGAGGGAGUAGGAGGAACCUGCAACCCUGGGCCGAGGAGAGGGAGUAAGUCUCCCGUAACCACUGAUCCAGGGUCACAUAUUUGUCCAUCCUUCCCAACUGUUAAGAUGAGGAAUUGAAUGAUUUGAACCUAGCUCAGUUGGUAGUGGCAAAGUGGAGAUUAUGGACAGUGUGUGAUGCCCCUUUGAGACUGUGUGGAGACAAGGUGCCGGAUAGCCCUAAUACUACACCCAACCCCUCAUCCUUAGACCUAGAUAGGACUCAAUCUAUCUACACUAGCCAAGCACCCUUCCAGGUGUUUUGACCCCUAUCUGGCCUUAUGUUAUAUCCCACACUGUGGCAGUGUUCGAGAGCGUCACAUCCAUAGUGCAUUGUGGGUAAAUGGUUACUGACUGACUGAUCUACAUAUAAGAAUGAGUAGUUAUUUAUGAUGCAAGGUGAUUUGUGGAUCAGUCAGCCCUGUCGGCAGCAACGUGGAACAAGCUCUAUGGUUAAAGACAGAUUGUAUAUUCAAGUGACAGGGAACUGAGGGAAGGACAGGAGGAGCCACGUGUGAGAGGUAGAGGGGUACAGAAGAGAGGGAGGAAGUGGAGUGGUGGAAGAAUGAUGCAUGUAAUGUCGGUAAAGUGUGAAACUAAAACAUCCUCAAAUGUUCCAUUUGUGACUCAUUUCCUAUGAGGAUGUGGGUGUAAAUGUAUCGUCAUUUGUACUUGGGAUGUAGAUAUGUAAAUACCGAUAUACACUCUUCACUUGAGAACCCUUCAUUUGUUGCCUGUGGUGUUACAGACACGGAUGGGAAGCUUCGUUUUACUCAAAGAAGACAUAGCAAACAUCACCAUUUUUUCAGAGAAGUUUGUUAAAUAUCAUUUUGCACCACAUUUGAAUACACUGAUGUUUUCUGUGAGAUAACUGUGAGGAAAGGGAUUUUGUAUUUUCUUGUCAGUAAGUCUUCACAUUGAUUAGGCUAUUGUCAUCUCUCAUGGCUUUAUUCCUGUAUUCUCAGUGACAAGGUCUCUCUCUCUCUCUCUCUCUCUCUCUCUCUCUGGUCACAGUGAGUGGUUGGGUAUUGUCUUGAGAGUUGUUACUGUACAGUCGUAAUAUCCCACAUAAGAAUACACUUCAAAAUGGGACUUGCAAUAACUUCCUACCACUGUAUAUUUCUAUCAUAGGCCACAUAACAUCCAAUCCAGGCUCUGUGGGCGGGAUGUCGUCUGGCCAUGACUUAGAUUGACAGACAAAGAGACCAACCACGACACAGAUGAAAAGAGCUCAUUGCAGACAGAAAGAUAGAAGUCGCUCUGGAUAAGAGUGUCUGCUAAAUGACUUAAAUGUAAAUGUAAAACACUAUGACACAAGUCACCACAACACCAAAAACAUUGAAUAACACUAACACACAUUCUGUAGGAGUUCUGCAUUUAGCAAGGUUAGGACUGACUUGGUUCAAAUGUAUUUUUCUUAAGUCAAAUACCGAUCAGAUUAAUUUUACAGAUGAAAAUGUAUUGAUUGUGUAUUUGUUAUUUGGUAGUCGAUUGAGGAUUCAAUCCAAGGUAUGUGUGUAUGCCUUAAUCUUUGUGUGUGUUUGUCAGUAGGUACACUAACAGGUGUGAUAUACACUCUCAGAGAGAUCAGUAACCAUAACAACAUCAACAGAACAAGACAGAGAGGACUAGGGUGAAAGGUUACAGAGUCACAGGAAGUUCAAAAACAGGUACAGGGGUCAGAGGUCAAUGGCAAGGGUCAUAUCCCAGCCCCUUGAUGGUCACUGCCAUGGUAACGUGAUGGUGAGACACUGUGCCACACGACUGGUGUGUAUAGCUGUUGUUGGGCAGCCGGUGUUGAGUACCUCUCAUAACCAUGGUGACAACAAAGUUUAUUUGUGCCUCUUUUUUCCAUUAAAUGGCGGGCUGCUUUUCCUUCUCACAGCUCAAGCAUCUCUUCCAAUUCCUCCCGGUCUUUUCUCUCCUUUUCUCUGUGUGGUCUAUAUGACAUUUUUGAAGAGCUGCA